UUUACGUAAAAAGAAAGAAGAAGGGUAUAAUUGUAAUUUGAAUUCUUCUCUUCUUCUUCGUCUGCCUGCCUCACAUUUCUUCCAUAGUUUGAGCUCCGAUAUACACAGCAAUAUGCACCUUCUUCCUUCUUCAAACCCUAAUUUUACUCUCUUCUUCACUUCACAGAACCCUACGAACCUCUCCAAAUGUACACUCCAUAUUCCGCGUUGUUCUUCCAGAGAUUCCUCUUCCGCUCCAGUCAUCGACCACGCCUCCGCGCUUCCUUACUCUGAUUCCACUUCUUAUGCCGCCGCAGCCGUUGUUUCGACCAAGGAAGUAGCUUCGAAGAGGCCCACCGACUCCUCGCCGGAAGACUUUCUCGUGGUUCGCCGACCGGCAAUGGAGAGCUCAGUUGGAGACUAUGAUGAAGAUGGGUUGAAAUCUACGGCAGCUAUCGACGAUGGACUUGCGAAGUUUGCAAAGAAGAUACCGAUUUUUGAGCCCCGGGAGAGGGUUGAGUCGGGCUCCUUGCAGGGGAAGCCUCUGCCGGUGAAUUUGGACUUGGCUUUGUAUAAGGCCAAGGUUCUAAACAGGAGUUACCGAUUUGCCGAAGCUGAGGAAAUUCUUCAAAAGUGUAUAAGCUACUGGCCAGAAGAUGGGCGAGCUUAUGUGGUUUUGGGGAAAACUUUAAGCAAGCAAUCAAGGACUGCGGAAGCUCGAGCUGUUUAUGAGAAAGGUUGCCAAGCUACUCAGGGAGAGAACCCCUUUAUCUGGCAGUGUUGGGCUGUUUUAGAGAAAAGUAUGGGAAAUAUAAGGAGGGCAAGAGAAUUAUUUGAUGCUGCCACUGUUGCUGACAAAAGGCAUACUGCUGCCUGGCAUGGUUGGGCAGUUCUUGAGCUGAAACAGGGGAAUAUCAGGAAGGCAAGGAGUCUUCUGGCUAAAGCUCUUAAAUUUUGUGGAGGAAAUGAGUACAUAUACCAAACGCUUGCAUUGCUGGAAGCGAAAGCAAAUCGCUUUGAGCAGGCUCGAUAUCUGUUCAAGCAGGCCACCAAGUGUAAUCCCAAAAGCUGUGCUAGUUGGCUGGCAUGGGCACAAAUGGAGAGUCAACAGGAAAAUAAUGGAGUUGCUAGACGACUCUUUGAGAAAGCUAUCCAGGCAAGCCCCAAGAAUAGAUUUGCAUGGCAUGUUUGGGGAGUUUUUGAAGCCAAUGUUGGAAAUGUUGAUAAGGGAAGAAAGCUUUUAAAGAUAGGUCAUGCACUUAAUCCAAGGGAUCCUGUUCUACUUCAAUCUCUUGCUUUAUUGGAAUAUAAACACUCAACUGCAAAUCUUUCUCGAGUGUUGUUCAAAAGAGCAUCUGAAUUAGACCCAACUCACCAACCAGUAUGGAUGGCAUGGGGAUGGAUGGAGUGGAAAGAAGGAAACAUAACCACAGCUAGGGAAUUAUACCAAAAGGCAUUGUCUAUUGACUCGACUAGUGAUACUGCUGCGCGAUGCCUACAGGCUUGGGGAGUCCUAGAACAAAGAAUUGGCAACCUAUCUGCAGCUCGUAGAUUAUUUAGAUCCUCUCUAAAUAUAAAUUCUCAGAGUUUCGUCACAUGGAUGACAUGGGCAGCAUUUGAGGAGGAUCAAGGAAAUUCCAUUCGUGCUGAGGAAAUCCGCAAUCUCUAUUUCCAGCAGCGUACUGAAGUUGUCGAUGAUGCUUCAUGGGUUAUGGGAUUCCUAGAUAUCAUAGACCCAGCAAUUGAUAGUGUAAAGAGACUCUUAAAGUUAGACCAAAACCCAUCCACUGCACCUCAAGAUUCCUUGAGAAGAAUGGCUGUCAUUGACGAUAACUACACCGAUGAAAACUCAAUUGGUGUUUACUCUAAUGACAACUACAAGGAAAGUGACAGUGGCUUCGAUGUAGAUGCUUUUAUCACUGAAAGAUUGUAUUUAGACCCUAAUAAGCUGGAUUAUUUGUUGGAAAAGACAAGAACAAACUUCGCAAAAAGAUCAAGAGGGAAAUUUUCCAGAGUGUCUUCCUAACUCCGCUCACGGAGCCUCAUCAAGACAACAGAUUAUGAAGCUAUAAGACGGCUCAACAGUGAUAUAUUAUUAAUUUGAUCUAUUACCCAGUCGUUCCUCUUCACUCGCAAAAGCACAUAUUUUAUCUUACAAUAUAAAAUCCUUGAAAGUCUAAAUGUAAUAUUGUUGGUUAAUCUGUAAAGCAUGAAAUCAACUUUGAACACGACUAGUUAUCAGUUAACUGUCAUAAUGUAAGGGCCUUGACUAGAUAAAGUUACAAUUUUUUAAGUCUGUAAUUAAUUAAGAAAUCCUUCAUUGUUUCCUCAAGAGCGUAUUUUUGUGGCAACUUAAUGAACAUAUUAAGAAAGAAAUUGACACUUUACAAGAA